AUGGAAACUCUGUGGCCUCUUGCUCUGUCCCUGGCCGGCCUGGUUGCUGCCGGCCCACCUAACUUCGUGGUCAUCUUUGCCGACGACCUGGGCUAUGGGGACCUGGGCGCCUACGGCCACCCCAGCUCGCGCACCCCCAACCUUGACCAGCUGGCCGCGGCAGGGCUGCGGUUCACCGACUUCUACGUGCCGAUGUCACUGUGCACACCCUCCCGGGCCGCUCUCCUCACCGGGAGACUCCCUGUGCGAACGGGCAUGUACCCUGGAGUCCUGAAGCCUGGCUCCAAGGGGGGCCUACCCCUGGAGGAGGUGACACUGGCUGAGGUCCUGGAGGCCCGAGGCUACCUCACAGGCAUGGCUGGGAAAUGGCAUCUUGGGGUGGGGCCUGGAGGAGUCUUUCUACCCCCUCACCAGGGCUUCCACCGGUUCCUGGGUAUCCCCUACUCUCAUGACCAGGGUCCCUGCCAGAACCUGACCUGCUUCCCACCGAAUAUCCCAUGUGAGGGCCACUGUGACCAAGGCCUGGUCCCCAUCCCACUGCUGGCCAACCUGUCUGUAGAGGCACAGCCCCCCUGGCUUCCUGGCCUGGAGGCCCGAUACGUAGCCUUUGCUCGAGACCUCAUGGCGGAUGCAAAAAGUCAGGACCGCCCCUUCUUCCUGUACUAUGCUUCCCAUCAUACUCACUACCCCCAGUUCAGUGGGGAGAGCUUCACGGGGCGUUCUGGCCGUGGGCCGUUUGGAGACUCUUUGAUGGAGCUGGAUGCAGCUGUAGGGGCCCUAAUGGCCACCAUUAAGGACCUGGGUCUGCUCAGAGAGACACUGGUCAUCUUUACCUCAGACAACGGGCCUGAGACAAUGCGGAUGUUCCGUGGUGGCUGCUCUGGCCUCUUGCGAUGUGGAAAGGGGACCACCUAUGAAGGAGGCGUGCGAGAGCCAGCCCUGGCCUUUUGGCCAGGCCACAUCACUCCCGGAGUGACUCAUGAACUGGCCAGCUCCCUAGACCUGCUGCCUACCCUCGCUGCCCUCGCAGAGGCCCCAUUGCCCAAUGUUACCCUGGACGGCUUUGACCUCAGCCCUGUGCUGUUGGGCACUGGCAAGAGCCCACGGCAGUCUGUCUUCUUCCAUCCGGUCAACCCAAACGAGAUAUAUGGGGUCUUUGCCGUGCGGAAUGGGAAGUACAAGGCUCAUUUCUACACCCAGGGCUCUGCUCUCAGUGACACAACAGCUGACCCAGCCUGCCACAUCACAAGCCCGCUGACCAUCCAUGAGCCCCCACUGCUCUUUGACCUCUCUGUGGACCCCGGUGAGAACUAUGACCUCCUAGGGGGCAUGACCCAGGUCUCCCAAGAGGUGCUGCAGGCACUGAAGGAGCUGCAGGUGCUCAAGGCCCACUUCGAUGCUGAGGUGACUUUUGGCCCCAGCCAAAUGGCCCUCGGGGAGGACCCUGCAUUGCAGGUCUGCUGUCAGCCAGCCUGCAAGCCUUGGCCAGGCUGCUGCUCGUGCCCAGAUCAGGAACUUGGCAGUAAAAACAAGUCUCCGUCACAGGCCUAA